CGCGGCUGCCUUAUCAAUAAGUGUCGAUCCGACAACAGCGCUUCCGUCCGCGCUGCUGCGGUGUGUUCCUAUAUUCAGCGUUCCAACCAGUGCGACCGAAAUGACCUCACACAUAAUUGACGAAUUAAUUCUGACAGUUGUUGUGCCGUUGUGGCAGCAGUGGUGAGUGCGUGUCGCGUGGUGACGGUGUCAUGGACCGUGCCUAGGGGAUGGCCGAGCAGCGAGAGGCGCCCGAGCGCGAGCUCGAGCAGCAGAUCUUGCAGAUCAAGAAGCAACACCAGCUUCAGCACCAGAUCCUGCUGCAGCACUUCCAGCAGCAGCAGCAGCACCUCGCCGAGCAGCACGAGCAGCAGCUGCGGCAGCACCUCAAGGAGUUCUGGGAGAGGCAAAAGCAACUGCAGGAGCUGAGGCAGAGGCAGCAGCUGGAGGCGCUGCGCAAGAAGGAGAAGCAUGAGGAGAGCGCCGUCGCCUCCACGGAGGUCAAGCACAAGCUCCAGGCCUUCCUUAGGCAGAGGGCGUCGGGCUGCCCCAAGACGGCCAGGACGGAGAAUUCCUGCUGGUCAGAAGGAAUGGAUACAGGGUCUGAUUCAACAACUAACAACGAUUUUCCUCUGCGAAAAACAGCAUCCGAGCCUAAUCUAUUGAAAGUGAGGUUAAAACAGCGCGUGAUGGAACGACGUUGUAGCCCCAUGAGUAAAAGACACCUUCCCCCAUCGCUCAAGAAGAAGCUUUUGAGUUCGUGCCUACCUCCUAGCGAGUCACCGCCUCAGGAGCCUCCCAAAGAACUGAGUCCCCCUUGUGAAACUGAAGAAUAUCAGCGUCACGCCCUUUUCAGUAGUCCCUCGAUGCCCAAUAUAUCUUUAGCCGCCCAUCACGUUCUCUCCCCCGAUCUCUCUGAGGCCGCCGUCCGAGCUGCAUGUACAGCAAGGUUGGGAAUGCCAUUGACGGGACAGAUGUUGCCAGGAACUUUACCGUUCUACCCUUCGUUGCCGGCGAUCGAAAGCGAACACGAAGAAACCCCCCUAGACACUAUUAGCGAAUUACAGGAACCUCAGCAGUCCAGGGGGGUGAUACGGCCGCUGGGUAGGACGCAAUCUUCGCCUCUUCCUCUGGGCCACCCUCUCUUGGAGGGACCGCCGCCGCCGGUACCGCAACCGCCACAGCCGCCUCCCGAAGAACAAGAACAGAGGGAUUUAGAACUCAGGGCUAACGAGUCGCGAAGCAUUAGGCCACUUUCUCGUGCGCUGAGCAGUCCUGUGGUUCACCUAGGCGCUCCCGAUGGACCGACGCUGUCAAGGCGUCGAGCGUCUUCCACUCCCACCACAGGUUUAGCGUACGACAGUCAGAUGCUGAAACAUGCGUGCGUUUGUGGCAACAAUGCACUUCAUCCAGAACACGCUGGAAGACUUCAGAGUAUAUGGUCUCGUCUUCUCGAAACUGGUUUAGUUUCUCGAUGCGACAGGCUAAGACCGAGGAAGGCGUCUACACAAGAACUCCAAAUGUGUCAUUCAGAAGCUCAUACACUUCUGUACGGCACCAGCUCUAUGAACCGUCAUAAGGUGGACAUGAGCAAGUUGAGCUCUCUUCCGGUAAUGGCAUUUGUGCGGCUUCCUUGCGGGGGCAUAGGCGUGGACACCGAUACGACCUGGAACGAAAUCUACACGGCGCCGGCCGCCCGUAUGGCGGUCGGUUGCACCGUGGACCUGGCCGUUAGGACUUGGACGGGAGACAUUCGCAACGGGUUCGCUGUCGUGAGGCCGCCCGGCCACCAUGCCGAACCCCAGCAGGCCAUGGGGUUCUGUUUCUUCAAUUCCGUGGCCAUCGCGGCGCGAGUGUUGCAGAGGGAGCAUCGUGUACACAAGAUACUCAUUUUCGACUGGGGCGUGCACCACGGCAACGGCACCCAGGACAUUUUCUAUGACGACCCGCGCGUUCUCGUCGUCUCCAUGCAUCGCCAUGACGACGGCAACUUUUUUCCAGGCACCGGAAGCCCGGGUGAGUGCGGCGCCGGCGCCGGCCUCGGCUUUAACGUCAACAUCGCUUGGUCGGGCGGAUUAAACCCACCCCUUGGGGACGCGGAGUACUUGGCGGCGUUCCGCACGGUCGUAAUGCCGAUCGCGCGAGAAUUCAAUCCCGACAUCGUCCUGGUGUCGGCGGGCUUCGAUGCCACCGACGGCCACCAUCCCCCGCUUGGAGGCUAUAAGGUGUCUUCGUCGUGCUUCGGUUAUAUGACGCGCCAACUGAUGCAGUUGGCCAGAGGCAGAGUUGUCCUAGCUCUGGAAGGAGGCUACGACCUGCCGUCCAUCUGCGAUUCUGCUGAAGAGUGCGUGAGGGUUCUGCUCGGCGACAAUCCCUCGCCUAUUUCUCCCUCGGAGUUGUCGAGAGCACCAUGCGGCAACGCGAUUAUUGCUCUCCAGAAAGUGAUAAGCGUACAAAGUGCUCAUUGGCCGUGUUUACAGGAGGCCGCGAAAUCGGCUGGAUGUUCUUUCAACGACGCAGUGCGCAACGAGAAAGACGAUAAAGAUACUGUAAACGCCAUGGCGAGUCUAUCAAUGCAACAUCAGACCCACAAUAUGGUGACAUCGCCUCUUGGAUAUCACCCAGGUUGUUCGCCGGACGCAGGCCGUCCGUCAGCAUAAGAUAGGGGAUUUUCAUUAUAGUCUCCAACAGAACAUUCCCGCUGUCGCUCAGAGUGACUGCCCCUUAUUAAAUAAAAAUAAAUCAAAUUAUCGUGUGUUUUAUUUUUGUUAAUAUAUUCAAAGUUUUUAAUAAAAACAUUUAUUUACUUUA